GCUCUGGGAGGAGUGGACCGGGCAAAAAUCCUGACCAUGACCCCCCACAGGCUGCUGCUGCCCCUGCUGCUGCUAACUGUGCUGUUCGCUGCCCGCUCAGGAGCCGCCUUGGCACGGUGCCCAGGCUGCGGGCAGGGGGUGCAGGCGGGCUGUCCGGGGACUUGCGUGGAGGAGGAGGAUGGGGGGCCGCCGGCGGAGGCCUGUACGGAAGCUGGGGGCUGUCUCAGGAGGGAGGGGCAGCAGUGCGGGGUCUACACCCCCAACUGCGUCCCAGGACUGCAGUGCCACCCGCCCGAGGAAGAGGAGGCGCCUUUGCGGGCGCUGCUGCUGGGCCGCGGCCGCUGCCGCCGGGCGCGCGGGCCCCAGGGAGAGAAUCCUAAGGAGAGCAAACCCCAAGCAGGGACCACUCGUCCCCAGGACGUGAACCGCAGAGACCAACAAAGGAAUCCAGGGGCCUCUACCACUGCGGGCCGGCCCAGUCCUGGGGGUGUCCAAGACACCGAGAUGGGCCCGUGCCGCAGACAUCUGGACUCAGUGCUCCAGCAACUACAGACUGAGGUGUACCGAGGGGCUCACACCCUCUACGUGCCUAACUGUGACCAUCGGGGCUUCUACCGGAAGCGGCAGUGCCGCUCCUCCCAGGGCCAGCGCCGAGGUCCCUGCUGGUGUGUGGAUCGGAUGGGCCAGCCCCUGCAGGGGUCCCCGGAUGGCAAUGGAAGCUCCUCUUGCCCCCCUGGGAGCAGCGGCUAAUGCUGGAGGGGUGGGGUGGGGAGAUGCAGCAGGGCCCCUGGAAGGAGCAUGGGGCUGCCAUCUUGGGUCAUUUGUUGCGUGAUAAGUAACUCAGGAGCCCUGAGCCCCAUACUCCACCUUCAGGCCCUACCCCCACUGUCCCCCCUCACCCCUAGACCCCACACACGGGAAGAUUGUUAGAGUGGGCUUUGGGUGUGAAUAAAGCUGUGUUGGGGGUCUCUGG